GACAGCUUGUUCGUGUAGAACACCCGGCGGGCCGUACGGAUUGAACAGCUCACGUCCUGAUCCUUACCGCCAUGGACUAGACUGGUUCGGAUGAAACGGGACAGUAGCCAGAGGGUCAUUUCGACCAGAUCAAGAACCGAAGAGUUAUUUGACUAUCUUUAUGUUUUUCAGCCAAUCUUUUCAUUUUCUAGAUUUGAUUUUCUACAAAAUUUCUAAGUUUUUCUUUGAAUAUUGUUUCUAUAAAUAUGUAAACACUUCUCAUAAGUUAUCAAUCAAUUUUUCCUUCUUAUUUUGAAUUUAUCUAUUUUUUGUUUAAGAACACUUUCAUUGUUUCUUGGUGCAUAAUAUCCAAGUAAACAAUCUCUUUUUUGCUGGACUUGUGCGUCAUAUCAAGCAGCAAUAUGAGUUGGGAAUAUCGACAGCCUUUCGCAACUUUUGUGCGACCCUUCAAUCCACCAUUUCUCACUCGUUUCUAAUUGUUCCGUGAGAAAUCAUAUCAUUUUACAAUCCAGCUGAGUGAUCCUAAUUAGUGUGUAUCAUUAUGUAUUAUUUGGGGCAGGGCCAGUCCUGGACCAAGCUUAACGAAACAUUGAUCUUAGGUCCCCCAAAAAUGUUUUUAGACCCCCAUAUUUACCAAAAAAAAUUUUAGCUGAAAUUUUUUAAACCCACCUACAGCCCCCUAAAUCUUAGGGCCGGCCCUGUGGGGCACCCAAAUUCACUCGGAUGCUUUGGUUUAGUGGUUUGUAUGCAUGCAUUAUUAACCUGCUAAGUCAGGUACGAUUCUCACUUUUCGGUUUUGAUAUUGAUAAUCCGUAAAAAAUUCGAUCUUAGCUAAACACGUCCACUAAGAAGUUUCACUUCCUUUAUAUGUACCAUAAAAAAGUAAGUUAAUCCAAACCUAAUUAUUUCCUUUUUUCUGUUAUAAUUACCUUUUUAUCUUUGUUUUCCUUUUCUCUCUAUCUUUGCUGGUUUUGAUUGGUAACAUGAUUUAUAAUUGAUUUAAUUUGAGUUAGAGGCAUAAAUCAAAAAUGUUACCAAUCAUGAUUUAAUUAUAAAUUUUUGAUUUUGUGUUUAAGUUAUAAUGUGGUAAUGUUGAGUUAUAUUUUUGAGUCUUCUUUGUAAAAUCAGUAAAUCAAAUGCUAAACCAACAUCAAAGAAAAGUUGGUGUAUUAGAACUAAUUAUUAAUUUUAUGUAUAAAGUGUUUAUGUGUAUUAGUUUUAAUACAUCAACUUUCUUAGUUUUUAUUAUAAACACUUUAUUAUAAAAUUAUUCUAACUCAUAAGUGCUUAUAAAAAACUAAGAAAUAAAUAAUUCAUCAAAGUUCUCAUAAGUGCUUAAAAAAUUAUUAAUUAUGUUUGUAUAUAAAGUUGUGUGUUUAUAUGAGAUUGUUUGCUGUUACAUAUAUAAUUCAAAUAUUUAUGUAUCUUUCAUUAUUUUUAGUUUAAUAGAGCUUAAUUUUCUCUAAUAAUUAUUUCUUACUAAAAUUGUAAUAAGGGUAAUCAUUUUGUAUUUAUAAUUUUUAUUUAUUUGAAAUGAUAUUUACUAUAAUUUAUUUAACAAAAAGGUUACCAAUCUUAUAUUGUUAGUAACUAUAUUUUAGAAAAUAAAUAUUGCAACUUAUUUUGUCAAAUUUUUAUUUUAUACAUAUUAAAAGAAAAAAUAGUUUUAUUAUUAUUUAUUAAUCUUAAAUGGUAUAAUGUUUUAUUUCUUUUUAAUAAAUUAUUCAUUAUUUAUAAAUUUUUAAUUUUAAUUAUUUAUAAAAAUUGUAAUGCAACUUCUACAUCAAAAAAGUUAUCAGUCAUUAGUUUUAACAAAAUCAUAAUUCAUACUUUUACUGCAAACUUACCACAUAAAUAUACAGAUUUUACCACAUAAUAUUUACUGUAAAUCACAUCGAAAUACAAUACAUACCGCAAAUCAACCUUAAUACUACAUUUCACCAGUCAGAGUUCUCUUUUUUCUCUUAAGUUUAUUUUCUCCGCUACAUGUGUAAGUUUUGUUCUCUUUUUUCUUUUGUUUUCUUUUCGAAAGUUGUAUUAGUUUAGGAAAAUGUUUAAUAAAAACAAACAUAAAACUCUCUUUGGUUUCAUGAAUAGUGUACUGAUGAUUUUUCCUCUUUGGAAACAGAUAUUUUUAAUAAUAUUUUGAUUUUUAUUACAUAUUUUUAAUAUAAAAUAGUUAUAUAUGAGGGCCAACAAUUUUUGAGUGCACUUUAGGCGCCAUUUAUAUCUAGACCAGCACUGAAUGUGACAAACUAUAAAUAUUAUCCAUAUUAGUAUAUGAUUCUAUUGUUAGUAAUCUAUUCGAAUAUUAGACUUGCAAAUGUUUUAGGGAUUGAUAAUCUUGACAGAAUAAAAGAGGAAGAAGACGCAAAACGAGAAUAUUAAAAAAAAAAACACUUAGUGCUUAAAUGGAUAGAGAAUAAAAUGAGGGCACACUAUUAUAGUAAGUAUUUGUGGUGUAGUGGUAAAAGGCAUGUUGCAUCAUGUGUCAGCUCAUGACUUCGAGUGUUUUAGAGCUCAUUUUCGGCUAAUUUUUUUUUUUUUUUUGCUUUAAUGAGUUACAAAUGACGAUAUUUUCCAUUAUUAUUAUGUUAUUGCCAUUAUUUCUUCUUCCUUGGCAAACACAAUAUCAGAUCUCGCGUUCAGACGAAGUUCUAUUCAAUGAUCAAAGAUCUCCACUCGAGGAACCUAAUCUUCUUUUCUUUGAUGAUCAUAUCUCUAACAUAGAGAGACUGAAGACGAUAUUACUCCAUAUCAUAGGGUAUGAAGAUGACAUUACACCAACUUUGAAACUAUGAUUCAACUCGCGAGUGUUGAUGUUCAAAUCUGUUUGAUUGACAAUCUAAGGCUUUGUAAUCUUGACCUAACAUGUCAUAAAAAUGCUAUAUUUCGUUUCACUAAAAACAACUCUAAAUGUGUUUUUGAAUCAGUAUUCACUUCUUAUUCAUUAUCUAAUAUGUCUCAUUGUUUAUUUGUUAGGAAUGUUGCUAUUCAUUGUCUUAUCGUUUUGAAAAAAAAGAAGCUUUUGACUUUCUUUUUUCUUUUGGUUGAAUGCAUAUAUCAUUCAGAAGUCACGAUGCUUUCAAUAAAAUAGGCUUUCUGGGCCAUUCAGAUUAACAUGCGGGCUUGUAAAGAAAUUUAAGCCCAACAGCCGAAAUCACUUGAAUAUGUGGCAAAACCUUAUAACAUGAUUGGGUGAUUUUUCCAUCAGACGUGGACAGUUUAUCUGAGGCUCUUAUUCCCCUUUUAUUACUUGUUUGAUGUUUGAUAAUAUGUUCUUUCUUUUAUAUUUUUCAUAGAAGUGAGAGUUACUCUUCCUCAUCUCUCUGAUUCUUACGAGAGAAAUAUAUUUUGAUUUUUUAAAGUUUAACUUUGAUCUAUUCAGAAAGAUUGUAUAGGUACGAUACAAACAUCACCCAAAUUUUGUUAUCAUGUUUUUUUAUUUGUUUAAACCUGUGAAGGGGCUACAUCAACCAAAAUGGAAAAACAAAGUCAUAAUUCGGCAGUUUACCAAAAAAGCUAUCAAGAGAAGAAAAGCAUUUCCUAGAUCGGAGCUCGGCCAAUCGCUCUAGGCAUAUUGGUCUGAGGAUCUGCCAAAAUUAGAAAAAAAAUUGUUACAAAAUUACAAAUUAGAAAUUUUUUUGUUGAAAGUUUAUAAAUUAACAAUAAACAAUACCGUAAAGCUUAGGAGCUAUCCGACUCAGCCAGCUGGGCAUAACCUCCGCGACCUCUCGCUUUUGACUUCCUUGUUGAUAUUAUGGCCAACAACAUUAAAAGCCUAUCACUUGAUCCAUAUGGAAGCUUUGUAAUCAAGAAGUGUCUACAAGUUGGCAUACAGAGAAAUGUCAUCUUUAUCGUUCUUGACAUGAUUGGUCACUGUUUGUGCAUUUUCAAUGUUUUGAAAUGAUGUUGAUAUGAUUAUUAUUGGUUCUUCGUACGUAAUUAAAUAAAUAUAAGACUAUAUAAUUUAGAUAUGAAUAUAUAGAGAUAUUUUUUUGUUAAACAUUAACAUUUCCCACUUGAGAUAUUCACUCACAUAUUCUCUCACAUAUUCUCUAACGAAUAUUUUUUUUCCACCAGCUCUAAUCUCAAUUGCCGGUUCAAAGCUUUAAACUAUAAUCUCUAUCUCGAAUUAUUGGUCAAAUUCCUCUUCUCAGUCCAUAAGAAAAGAAAUCCAUUAAACUUUUAAAUAUAUUUCUGGUUAGACAUUUCCACUUCAAAGAAAUUUCUACCUAAACUGAUUCUACGUCCCUCAAUCAAAAGAAAACCUUGGCUUCAUGACUGUCAUACAAACCCAUCCAGGACGAUGGUAUUAAUUAUUUCUUCUAAAGGUUUUUUCUAAUGUUAUUGAUUUUCAAACUAUUACAUAAAUCUAAAUCAUUUUGCAGAAGACAUAGAUUUUUGUUUUCUUUUCCUAUUGAUUACGGCUUGUAUAAAAACAUUGAUACUCCUAAAACAUUUUUAGUUAACAAAUUUGACAUUGACAUAAUGAUUUUUCUUGAAAAAAAAGAAGAAGAUUCUAGUUUAUGCCAUAGAGUCAUAGACCAAUCAAUAAAAGAAGUCUCUAUGCCAUCUCUCUUCGUAACUUCCCCUAACCAUUAGUCAUUACCCUUCUCUAUAGGCUUUUCUUUUAAUCCAGCUUCUUCUUCUAGUUGGGCUGCGGGUUCAAUUUUUUUUUUUUUUGAAACUUUGAUAGCAUAUAAUUAAAUGUAGCAAAGGAGUACAAUAUACACCUUAGUAAAACUCAUAUCAAACUCUAACCUCAAAAGAAGUAAUGAACUCAGUCUAGCAGCCCAAUAAAGUCCCUAUAACAAGACGCAAGGUUUGUUAUUGGUACGUGAAUUUUCAUUAAUUUUAAAACUUUUUAAAUUCCAUUGUUAUUGGUUCUUGGAUUUCAAAAAUCUUAAUAGAAUCCAUUGUUGUUGGUUUAAGAAUUUUCAAAAUUAAUUCAAAUCUCUUGUUAUUCAUAAAGUUUAAUUAUUAUUGAUUCUCUAAUUCUAAUUAAAUUUAGUGGUUAUUGGAAGACGAAUUAUAUUCAUUUUUACUUAUAAGAUUCAACUUUCAAAACAUCAUAUGUAUCGAAGUGAUUUUCAAAAUUUAUGUGAAAAUUAAAAAACAAAUAGUUAUACUUACUAAAUAUCUACUGCACUACAAAUUAUAAUUAAUUAUAUUUUAUAUAUUUUUACAUAUUUUAAAUAUAUAAUUAUUUUAUAUUCUUUUAAUCAUUUUUGAAUAUAUAAUUAUAUUUAUAAAUAUUAAAAAAUCGAAAUAUUUUUUUAAAAUAGUUUCAAAAAGUCAUUUUGAAUUUUAAAAGAAAAUUUGACAAAAAAUUGAAAAUCAAAAUCGAAUUUUUUGUUAUAAAUUAUAAAAAGCUCAAAUUUAAGAACAUAUACUUCGAAAUUAAAAAAAAAAACUUUUGUACUUAUUUUUUAUUAUUAUUUAUAUAUCUCGAAACCAAUGGGUAAAAUAGUCUUUUGUUUUUUAUGAAACCUCUUUUGAUCAUUUUCCUCUUUGAGUGCUCUUUUUAUGACAACAACUUACAAGAAACCAUUUAAGAGAAUUGCGUAAUUUUGUAUGUAUCACUUUAUUAUUUUUAAUUUGAAAGAAAAUAAAUAAAUAAUAAUGCUAUAUGAUUUAAAAAAAAUAAAUUAUAUAUUUACUUUACAAAAAGAAUGAUAGAAAAGGGUAAUGUAAAUUCAUGAAAAUCUAUACCAAUCUAAAAAAUUUAUAAUCAAAUUUCAUAAGUCAAUUUAUAUAAAUUUCCACAAUCUACGUUUUUUUUUAAAUAUAUCAACUCUUAAAAUCUACAAACUCUAUACAAAUUCACCUUCCAAUAACCCCCCUUAGAAAGCCAUAAUUUGUAACCGAAGCCCAAUGUAUUACACAAAGCGGCUCAUGGAAAUCUCUGAAUGUUGACCAAUCCAUGCCCAAGUGGAAGCCCAAAGAAAACAGUAGACAACGCUUAGUUUUCUUUACCUCCACAUUGUGAACAAGCGAGAGAAGAGAUCGAAAGAAAGGGACGGAUGAUGAGAAGAUCAGAACAAUAGCCGUGCUCGGCUAGAAGAUAGAGAGCCAAAGCAUUAUCCUCUCAGAAGCUUGAGUCUGGUUUUUAUUUCAGCUCAAUUCCCUUUUGAAUUGAGCCCGGGGAACGAUGGAUGUUGAAUUUUUCUUUCACACCUGACCUCAUAGAUCGUGGCUUGCCACGCUAAUAAGGUGAGAUAUUUCAGAUUGUUGUUUCUUGAGAAUUAAUAAGACCACUAAGAGUCUCACUCCAUGAAUGUUCCCAUGUGCUAAAUUGUAGGGAGGGUCCAAAUUGUGUUGGAGAAGGAGCACUAAAAGAAGAGGUGGUCUCUAGUUUCAUGAUGAGAUUAGCAGAAGAGACACACCGAAUCACUUCCAAGUCCCCAUGAGAGCAUCCUGUCCCUUGUGGGACAACGGUUCAAGAGGAACAACCAAGCCAUACAUUUGUGGAAUAUCUAUUUGGCGAUUCAAAAGCCGAUUAGGGCUAAGCGGAGUGAAAAGAGUUUUCAAUGAGACGUUUAGUGAUUCCUUUCUUAACCCAAAUCACUUUGGCCCAAUCCACCCAGAGGUUUUUUUAUUUUCAACAAUUGUAUAUCAAACUGGAUUCGAAAGUAGGAAUAGAUCGACCUUGAACUUGCCAGAUUAGGGAGUCAUCCGCGUCAGAGACUUCGAUAGUGGUCAUGUGAAUCUGAAGAUCUUCUAAACGGGGAGAUCCAAGAAUCAUUAAGCCAAAGAGAAGCACGCGACAGAUAGGGGAAUCCUAGUUAGCUGCGGACAACUCGAACCAAUGAAAUCAAUCAAAGGGCCAAAGUCUGACCCUGGAUCAGUCCAAAGUAAGACUCUAAUCCAUUGAAUUAUCUUACUCCUAAGCUGCAAUAAUUGUUUGAAAGCCCAAAAAUGACUUUGUUUUUUCUUAAUAUCCCAGAUUGAGUUGUUUUUUAUGAUAUUGGUUUUGAUCCAAGAAACCCAAACUGAAUCAGUUUAAAUAGAAGGAGCCAUAACAGUUUUAGCGAAUAUGUAUAGUUCCAAACUCUUAGAGCAUGAUUAAUGCCGGUCUAAUAGAAUGAGAUUCUUAGCGUGAUAUAAAAUAUGGUCUCUUAAGUUUUAAUUAAAAAAAUUAAAAAAAAACCAUCCCAAAGAGGUUGGAACUUAUCGCUAAAAACCAAAUAGUGAGGCCAACAUAUCUAGGGCACGUGUUAGACUUAGAAAAGAAGCGUCAAUAUUGGUUCACUUUUCUCCACCAUUCAAUAUGUUGUAUGCAUGCAAUUUUUAAUUUUUGUUGGAAACUUGAAUUAUCUACGUACUGCUUUGUGUCCAACGAUGAAUGUUUUCUUAUUCAAUUUAUGGUGGAUAUUUCGUUUCUUAUUUGCAAAUGGUAAAGGAUAUUCUCUUUCUACUACUGCUUCUAUGUUUCUUAGUUGUAUGUUUAAAAGUACGUAGUACUAGAAUUUGAUCCACGUACUUGUGGAAUGUUUGUUUUAGAUUAUUUAAUCAGUGUUUUAUAUAAUUUUGGUAUUAUAUAUUUUGUGCAUUUACCCGUAUUAAAUUCUGGUAUUAUAUACAAAACAAAUUUAUUAUUGAUAUUAUUAAUUUUCUUUAUUUUAUCUAACCAUCAAUGGCAUUAAUUGUUUGUUUAUAUGCUCCAACAUUCGACAUGCCAGAGCUUUGGAAUGGACUGCAAGGAGAUGAUUGCAAUGUUAAAAGAACCCCAGGUUUGGCGAAGCUUUGCGACGGAGCUGGAAAGGAUUGAGACGCUCCAUAUUUGCUUUCUGGAGUUCAAUAUCACCUAUGUUCCACAAGAGCGAAAUCAGUUCUCAGAUUUUUUAGCCAAGACUGCUAGAUCGUUCCAUAGGGAGUUAUAUUUUAUUGGUUGUUCUAUCCCGGUCUGGUUACCCAGACCACCUCAAACUUGAGUAAUAGAAUGGCCUUUUGACGUCAAAAAAAUAAAAUGUGCAAGUUGAAAUUAUUUGCUUUUAAUUUGAGAGUAGAUAAAAUCAAAAAUCAUCCUAUGUUGAAUAGAAGUUUGGAAAACAACAACUUUUUUUUUUGUAACUGGCUUUCAAUUAAAAUUGCAGAAAAAAAAUGUUACAAGCCGUUUAAGACUUAAGUUACAUGGGUCGAGCCCAUCCAAGUUUGUUAAAUAGAAGGAAGUAAAUUUAACCAAAUACGUAAAAGCCCAAGACAUUUAAGAAGCCCAGCAGCAGUCCUAAUUCUCCUUCUUCCCUUUCCUCGCCUUCGAUUCCAUCGAUCAUGAAGCCGUAGCACAAACAUGAAUCUUUGUUUACUUGGAGAGUUCUGUGAUGUUCCUUAUCGGGUUGGCUCCGUGGCAAACCAGAGCGCCAUCAAGUUCGAAGAAGUCACCGGAUUUGAGUCUCGGCGGCUGUUCCUCUCCACCCAAAGUGCAUACAGCUUCGCUUGGAAACAUAAGAGAAACAGAGCAUCUAGUUGCAAUUGCAGUCCAGAUACAAGAGAUCAAUGCAAUUACUCAGAGGAAGUCGUAGGCAAACAUCAUCUUUCCAAGACAACAUCUUUCCAAGGUGGCAACCACCAAGCAUCUUGGUUCCAGAGACUCCGUAGAGUAGCAUUCCUACAUAUACCAAGCCUUGAGGAAGCACGGUUUGCCAAGAAGGAGUCUAAGCUUCCAAACGGCGACCAGUUAUCUGUCCAGAACCUACAAGAUGGAGUUCCUCUUCACUGUACUUCCUGGUCCUCCUUCAUCACCGCCGACGAACUUCAGCCACGUUCGAGCGCAAGCCGUCACGGUUUGUCUUCUCCUUCGCCGCGAAAUCAUCAGAACAACUUCCUCAUCCACGUCGUUCUUUGAACCUCAACCAAGUUCAAUUGCGGUUUGUCUUCUCCUUCGCCAUGAAUAAACACGGCCAAGCUUCCUCCUCCACGUCGUGCUCCGUAACUGAUCCGCCUCGCGCUGUGACAAUAAUAAAAGAAGAAGCAAGAUCUAUGUGUUUGUUGUAGAAACAGAGUCAUUAAGAAUUUGAAAUCGGGUCUUAAACGAUAUUUUUACAUGUUUAAAGGUGUAACAAGCAAGAAAAAUGAAAAAAAAAACUGAUGAUUAAGGUGAAAUAAUGGCUGGCGGCCAUAAAGGGGAAUUAUUCAGGGGAGUAAACCAUUUGAAAGCUAAUAUGUUUAGCUGCUCUGUCAUUGUUAGUUGAAACAAGGAUUCAAAGCCCUCAAUUUCGUAGGUCUUUCUUUUUUUCAUUCUGAUAUCUACGAUCCUGUCAAUUUUGGUAAGUAAGUAGAUAUAAUGAAUGAUUAGAGAAAGCUUCGUUUUUUUCACUCUUAGAAGAA